AUGGGUAAAGGUGCUGGUCAAAGGGUGAUUUACUUCCAGCAACCUGUGCAUAUGGGAAUGGGCUUGAGUUUUGAUGCUCCCAAGCAGCCCAAAACUUCUACUCUUUGGACCAUCCAUACCACAACCCGCUUAGCAAGACCCAGGCAUUCGCGUGGCUUGUGCCCACUUAAGCUUGUAGCGUAA